AUGGGUUGUUGUUGCUGUGGAAAAGGCGGAUUGUUAUUCUUGGUGCUUUUGGCAGCUGUUGGAGUCUAUCUAUGGACACAGCCAAAACAAAAGAUUGAAAUUUCCGCAAAUGGAUGGUAUGGAAAGGGAAAAAUGGGGAAAGACGAUGAAACGAUAAAAGCAUUCAAAAUAAAUGUGCCUGAAGAAAAACUCUCCUCAUUUCUACUUUGGAGU